AUGAUAGUUGAUGAUGAAUACAUAAUCAUCGGAUCAGCGAACAUCAACCAAAGAUCAAUGGAUGGUGCCAGGGACUCCGAGAUUGCAAUGGGAGCCUAUCAACCCCAUCAUUUAGCAACUACAAAACUAGCCAGGGAGAGUCUGGAUUGUGUCCAGUUUGUUAAUCGAAUUGCUGAUGAAAAUUGGAAGUUUUACUCAACUGAUACAUACAUCGGCAAUCUUCUUGUCCAUCUCCUUCGCUACCCCGUUGAAAUCUCUAGCAAUGGAAUGAUUGGUACAUUGCCAGGGAUUGAAUUUUUUCCAGACACCAAUGCAAAAAUCCUUGGCACCAGGUCAGAGGAUCUUCCAUCACCGCAAAAUGAGAGUGAGGCAAUAAGGAUCCCUCAGUGGCAUCAGGCCAUGUCUAAGGAAUUGCCAGUCUUGCAGAAGAUGCGUUUAUUACCUUAUCAGAUAUGGAGGGGUUGCAAACCUCUUCUUGACGGAAAGACCAUUAUUGAGGAAAAUUCAGACUCACUUUUGGACAUAAGAAAAUAUUUCACUAAACACAUGGUUAAUGAGAAUCUGGGUACGAUCUGGAAUGUUCAUGUGGUUCACGCUGACCUCAGUGAAUAUGGAGCAUUGGAUGAGAAGUGCAUCAAAUUGGCAGAGCUUGCUGCCACAGCAGUUGAUUUCCUCAAAACUGGAAAGACUGUCACCAUGCCAUUUGAACUCAAACCGAAAAUGUAUCCCUACUUUAUGGAGAAAGAGGAAUUUCAGUCAUCCAAGUCAGAAAUUUUGAAGCCUUUUUAG